AUGCGUAAUGCCUUCGCGAGUGGGAAAUGGGACUGCGUGGAUGACGCUGUGCAGACGUUUUGCUCGCCCGAGGACCGCGGCUUGUGCCGACUCCGAUACCGCGAGGCAGCGGCUUUUAACGGAACCUUUAACUUUAAGCCGCCGAUAGAGGAGUGGCGCCAGGAUGUGCGUGCGCAGGACCUGUGCCACGGCGAACUGCUCGCUACUUUCAACGAUCGCCAGGUCGAUUUGAGCUAUUUCAAGUACGCGGACGAUGUCCACAACUUCGUUUUAGCCGAUCUAGACUCGACCUUGCCAGAAUUGCUCCAGCAUAUUAAGCAUCACGACGUCCUCCUGAAUCAGAGACUGGGACCCUGCGUGCUCAAGCAGAACAUGUCGAAACAGGAGUUUAUGAUGUACUUCGGGAUCCACCAAGCCUGCACGCUCACAGAGAGCGACUACAGGAAGCUGGAGGCCAUUCUCGCGCGUUUCUGCCGUAUUGCUAUGGCGGGUAAGGCCACGGACU